CAGCAACAACCUUCAACGUGAGUUGAUCUGCAGCAGCAACACUCCUUGCCGUCGCCAUGGUCCCUCCCCUUCUGCCUCCCCUCUCGUGAGCGCUCGCUCGACCCCACGCAUCACGCACAACCUCACCUGCUCGAACCCCACCUCCAUCCUAUUCUCGAUCGGGAGAUGUUCCCGAUCCUCUGCCGCCGGCCGGCCGCAGGAGCGCCGCCGCCUUGGCCUCCUUCCUCCUCGACCCCUGCCGCCUGCUCGCCUUUGUGCCACCUCGCCCGACCUUCUCCUCCGCCCUCCUGCUAUGCCCGAGCUCCGCCCCUUCCUGAUCCUGUCGUGGCCCACCGCCCUCCUCUCGCACGGGUCGUGCGCUGCUGCCGCGCCCGCCCUCUGCUCACCGGAUGGCCAUAGCGCCACCGCUGCUGCUGGCCGUCGCGGUUGCCAAAUUCUGCCUCCCCUCCCUAUGUCCUCCGCCGGGCCCCUUACUGUCUCCUGCAACAUCAGCUGUUGUGACGCCUUCACCUUGUGCGCCCGGUCACUGCAGCCCAUGGCCGCCCCUGCGUCCGUACGCGACCGGCGAGCUCCACCCCUUUCACGGCCUCCCGUGCGCCAAGCGAGCCCUGCGUCCGCCUUCUGCUGCUCUCUUUGCCCCUCCUCCUUCGGCCGCCACUGCCCUGCCGAUGGCCAUGUCCAUCCUCUGCACCCCGAGGACCGCCAAGCCCAUUGCGGGCCCGCGACGCCCGUACGCCGCCGCACCCCGCGCUCGUCGUCCACGAGCUCUCGCUCCGAACUCCCGAGGAGAGCCACAGCGCGUGCUUCUUCUCCCCUCGAUCCAGCAGGCAGCAACACACGACCCGCCCCCCUCUGCUUCGAAAGAAAACUCAAGGGGCUUUAUGUAAAUUCGAAACGUUUUUUGACUUACUAAAACCUGUAGUGCGGGUUGAUUUCAGGGAACUAUAGGGUGUUUUCUGCAAAACAACCACGACGGACGACCAGAAGCAAUAGCUGGUUUAUUAGUAGGUAAAGAUUAGGAAAAGAUUGAGAAUCAUAAGGGUAGGCCCUGCUCGGUAACUUGGUUGGAUUAAGGGUUUUAUCCCACCUCACAGUCACAAUCUCACAUAUCUUGCCCCCAUCACCCGUCGAAACAACCUCUUAUUUUUGAAAAUUCCUUCUUGUAUGUCUUCAACCUGUCAUGGCCAACUCCCUUGUAUGCCCCCAAAACCCAUCUGAUAUACCGUGCACUGUUACUGGCAACCAUAUGUCACAAUGGCGACGCACAUGAUCCCAGGUAAACUUUCUGCAGGCAUAUCAUGCAUAUGCAUUUCUUGUUUUCGCUUCUUAUAUUUCUCCUAGCCAGGUGGUUCUUUAAGCUAUUCUGUUCUGUGUGAUAUGUAUCCAUCUUAUAUUCUUCACCAUACAGAUCUAUUUAUUUUUGCACAGUAGUACAUUUACAUCAAUAUUAGUACAGCUCAUGCAGCAUCAGGCUCUGGUACUUCAUUUUCCCGUAUAAUAAUGCCUGGAAGUGAAUGGAUGGUGAUGGAUUCAAGCUGCCUAACUAUACAUGUUUUGGAUUCAAGCUUUUUGUCAUAUGCAGUUAUUUGGCAUGUCACCUCGCCAGAACAAUCCUGAGAGCAAUGCAUAUUUUUAGCGGAAUUUAGUAAGAUAACUACGAUGAGGUACUAGCAUGUAUUUUGGAUUUGGUUUGGCCUAAAUCGUUGCAACCCGAUUGUCUUGGUAAGCGAAAAACUUUAGGAAUGCAGUUGGUACAGGGGGGAAUUAGAAACAAACAUGGCUGUAAAAUGUUGGCUCACGUUCAAUAGCAACCAUAGAAACCUGAAGUUCUUGGAAUACGUUCUAGGAAUUCUGAAGUUACUGUAUUACAGUUGAGAGAUUGCUUGUGUUUAUCUCAAAUGUGUUUUUGUCUGUCUAUCAUGUAAAUGCUAAAAGUUAUAUUAGUAUACUGUUACGCGUGAGACAUGGUCGUCCAUUAAUUGAUCAAAUAAACCCAGGUCAUUACCAUAAUUGUCAUGCUGUAUUUGGUAGAGUUGCUUAGAUUUUUUUUUCUACUUUUGGAACACUCGAAGUUUCUCUCCAAUGUUUAGUGGUACGUCUCUGGCAUCAAAAUACUUGACCCCAUUUUGUUUCUUAAAUUUCAGAGGAUUCAGAUGAGAAUUUAUUUACACAAGCUUAUAAUCUUUUUGCUACCCAGAUGUUUGUUCUACUGGUAUGCAAAAUAAUUUGACAACAAAACUCAUGGAAAUAUCGCACAUCAGUAUAUGAGUACACUAAAUAGGAAAUUCUCAAUGAUUUUAAACUACAAAACUGGGAGUUAACAGGAUAAUAUAGGAUGGCAUGGGUUUUCUCGAUGUUAGAAAUUAAUGAUACCUUUAUGGGGUUGAGACAAGCAGAAUGUUUCGUUCCUUUGUGAGCUGAAUGCGCAGCGCUGCCUGUUCUGUUCGCAUUUUUGGCACUCAGAGGGAAUGGAUAACGGCUCCUGUUCACUCCAGCGAAAAUGUUAUACGGAACCAUGGUUCUGCCGAACCUACGCUCGACACCAUUAAUCUCUGGACACUUUUCAUAAGGAUCCGUGCAUGAUUGAUUAAAAAAUGCAUGAUGGGAGCUGUUUGCAUAUUAAACAAUGCGUGACGUGGAUCCACAUGUAGCAGGAUGUUGAAUCGUACGGCGUCGACCAUAGGUUCGGCUGAACCAUGGUCCAGAAUCACGCCUCUCUUCACUCCAGUCGACUGCUAUGUCAUAAAAUUGGAGGGCUCCUUCUUCAACAUCGUGCUUGGAGCCAUAAUAUCCUGUGCCAAAUAUCGGGAGGGCGGCAUCUGAUAUGACCUUGCAGUCCAAUGGAAGAUCAUACAUGAAUGCAUCAGUUGCCACCAAAUACGAGUAGUGGGUUUUGUUGCUAAGGCAGGAGAUUGGGCCAGCGAUAGUAUCAGCAGCUGAGGCAGAAGCAUAGUAACCACCUCUGUCAUCAUAGACAGGAUACUGAGUAAUUCCGCUUGGCGUGAACUCCCUUGAGAAGCCUACAAGCAUUCCAGUUCUGCUGUAGUGUGAAGUACAGUGGUGGUCAGCAGCCGGUGGUGAACUUAUUGAGAUGAGAUUCUGAAUCAUUGUGCACGCGGAGGUAAGCGGGGUGAUGUUGAGGAGGGCACCGGUGUAAUUUAUGGAGUUGACAUUGCAUGGGCCAAGAAGUGGGUGAAGCAUGAUAGUGGAUUGGCCUGAGCAUGCUAGCAUCGCACAUGUUGCACCGCAGGAUGAUGGUGUAUUGCUGGAAUCAAGCCGGAGUGGGAACCAGAUCUCGGGUCCAUCUUUGCUGCACCGGGAUGGCGGACAGUUUCUGAAGAAAUCUUGGUCAUCCCAAGCUGCUGAAGCUGUGGUCAUGUCGGUUCCAUGGCUGACAAGGCAGACCACCAGGGCUGUGACAAGGAAUAUACUCAUCUUUCUGCUUCUGCACUACGAGAUGGAUGAAGGUAAGCCAGGUAUUGUAAUUACAAAGACAUAAGAAAGUCAGUAGUCUAAGUUGUGCUUGCCUGAGUAAGAACUUCCUCCGUUCGUGGAUCGGUGCAAACCUCCUGUAUGUUGUUUUGUAGUAGCUAGGUGACUGCAUCGUUGUAGAUCAAGCUUUGUAGACUGCAUCACUACAGUAGAAUCCAAGACCUGACACUGACAUGUAUCAACCUCCUUGCCAAGUCACAGAAGCAUAUACCAGCAUCCCUCCCUGAUUAUACUAACCAGGAGGAGUUAACAAGGAUCAUAUACAUAUCGCAACAUCCUCUUUAUGAUGACAUAUGGCAGCAGUGAUGUGGAUGUUAACCAUCUCUGACCGGGUCAUUCUACAGAUUCUUUUAUUCCAUCAUCCCUUGUAUAUUUCGUAUUUGUUUUCACCCUUGUUUCCUUACAGUCCAUUAAACAUGAGAAAAAAGCACGCAACAAAGCCAGAACAAGAGAUAAACAGUUGACUAUCAUCGAUGCCUCCAUGGUGGUUCCUGGUGCAUUUCAUGGUCGCAGUUCUUGCCGUGGAUGUUCAGGGGCGACAUGAUAUUACUGAUAAUAGCAGGUAUACCUGCUCUCCUUUCUAUUGCGGUCAUCUCCAAGACGUCCAGUACCCUUUCCGCCUGCAAGGCGAUCCAUGGUGGUGUGGUUCUCCGUCAUACGAGCUUACCUGCACCGAUAGCAAUGCUACAAUUCAGAUCAACACAGGGACAUACUUUGUCACUGAGAUUGACUACAAGUAUUCUUCCUUCUGGGUCGUGGACGCCAACUUGGACAUGAGCAGUAGCUGCCCUCUUCCUCGCUGGGAUCAACGCCCUUAUCUACAUGGCCUCCAGCAGUCCGACGGCUCCAUCAUAUUUGACCCUUUUUUCGUUACGUGGCCUAGCUUUGUGAAUUGUUCGCGGGUGGUCACGAACAAUAGUGACUACAUACCGGUCACUUGCCUGAACACGAGGUAUUCUUUUGUCUAUGUGUUGAUUGACUAUAUUUCUGUUGGGGACCUUGAGCCUUCUUGCGGGUACUUGGCCAUGGCUGCUUUGGGUGGUCGGAGCAUGCGAUUAGAUAAUGCAAGUCAUGAAAUUCUGGUAGAAUCCAUGAGGAGAGGAUUUGCCGUUAGGUUUCCUUUCAGAUAUCAAAGGACUUUGGAGGGCUUCAAGGGGUGCAUAAAGGAUCGCUUUGUCCUAGGCCCUGGGUAUUCAGUGGUGUAUCUCGUUGCGCGUUCGGCUGUGAUCAUUUUGGCACUCGAUUUUGAAGUAUUGCAUUGCGCAUUUAGAACAACAGUUUCUUCCAAUGAACAUCUCGGCACACUACAGGUUGCAGUACUAUACUCUACGUCGAUAUUGAAGUUGAUUGCUGUACUAUGCAGGUUCGUGGUUGCUCCCCUGGUGGUAUUGUUCUUCAUAGCUCACAAAUACUGGAAAACGAGGAUCACAAUUGAUGCGGUCGAGAAGUUCCUACGGAUGCAGCAAAUGAUCGGCCCGACAAGGUACGCCUACACAGAUAUUGUCGCAGUAACAAGCCAUUUCAGAGACAAGCUGGGCCAGGGAGGCUAUGGCUCGGUGUACAAGGGCGUUCUGCUCCCAGGCAAUGUCUAUGUGGCCAUCAAGAUGCUAGAUGGUAAAUCCAGCUGCGAUGGAGAAGAUUUCAUCAGUGAGGUCUCCACCAUCGGGAGGAUCCACCACGUCAAUGUGGUGCGUCUAGUCGGGUUCUGCUCGGAGGAAAUGAGGAGGGUGCUAGCCUACGAGUAUAUGCCCCAUGGUUCUCUGGACAAGUACAUCUUCUCGGCUGAGAGGAGUUUCUCCUGGGACAAGCUUAAUGAAAUCGCCUUGGGCAUUGCCAGGGGGAUCAACUACCUGCAUCAAGGAUGCGACAUGCAGAUUCUGCACUUUGACAUCAAGCCGCACAACAUCCUUCUUGACAGCAAUUUCGUCCCAAAGGUUGCCGAUUUCGGCCUUGCCAAGCUGUACCCAAGGGACAACAGUUUUGUGCCGUUGAGCGCCCUACGGGGAACCAUUGGGUACAUAGCUCCUGAAAUGAUAUCCCGGAGCUUCGGCGUCAUAUCGACCAAAUCUGACGUUUACAGCUUCGGGAUGCUGCUGCUGGAGAUGGCCGGAGGGGGAGGAAUGCUGACCCGGGCACGGCGAACUCAAGCCAGACAUUCUACCCGUCGUGGGUGUAUGACCGGCUAAGCAAACAGGAACUGGGUGAGAUGCGUGCUGAGAUGCAUGAGUUGGAGAGGAAACUUUGUGUUGUUGGGCUUUGCUGCAUCCAGAUUCAGUCUCACGAUCGGCCGCCGAUGAGCGAAGUCAUAGAGAUGCUUGAAGGAGGUGUGGAUGGCCUGCAGUUGCCUUCGAGGCCAUUCUUCUGUGACGAUGGGCAGACCCCUGUAGCGGAGUCUUAAGAUUUCUGCUCUGGGCUGACUGCCAUUUCAGAGGAGGAUGACUGAAAUUUUGUCUAUGUUCAGUGUCAUGUAUUAUUACUAGAGGCGAUGAACUUGUGAAAAGUUACGGUAAUGGUUGUCUUGGGAGUAAAAGAAUGUGAAUUAUCUACCGUGCUUCUUUUGAAUGUUAUCCAAAAAUCAAUCAUAUCGAGUGUAAAGUUUCAUUUGA